CUGCAGGGCUUUCACCAGCACAAGAGUAACUUUCAGGAACUACUUCAUCAGGUGAAGCCACAAUUUGAAAGCAAGGAAAACAGGACAUAUGGCAUCUUUGAAGCCAUAGAAUAUAGGACUCAGGUGGUUGCUGGGAUAAACUACUUUAUUAAGGUCCGAGUUUCUGAUGACAACUAUGUCCACAUAAAGGUGUUUCAGAGCCUUCCUCAUGAAAACCAAGGUCCCAGCCUUGUCGGUUUUCAGACUGGCAAAACCAGAGAUGAUCCCCUGACCUACUUCUGA